AUGGCGUCUCAGCUUGAAAUUUUGUCCAACGCAAUUCGAUCGCGGCUGACGAGCUUGGUGGAAACGCUUGUUUACCCAUUGGAGAACCCCCUGGUGUCCCCUGAGAGCUUGACUGAUACCGACCUACAACCAUUCAAGAUCCGCAGGCUCGAUUUUGAUAUCGAAAAUACUCCGGACCCCGACUCGGACAUCCUCUUUGAUCCCCUCCCGCAGUCCAAGUUCAACCGCCACAGAAUCAAUGACAAGAGAGCAAGAGCUGAAAAUCCAUUGUACUUGUCCGUCUAUCCCAAAGUCCCCGAGGAGAGAAAGAGAGAAUGGGCCCCACGUAACUUUGCCAGCUUCGUCUAUUCACACCUACGAGAAUGGGUCACUUAUUUCCCAAGAAGGGGGGUUACAGAUUUGGAACGUUAUAUUGGGUGGGAUCCGAUUUGGUUCGUGAUCUCUCUUUUAGUUUCACACAUAGCAGGGAUAUCAUUCGCUGACAAUUACAAUAGCAUUCCUAAUCCUUACAUACUGAACGGGAGUUGCCACGACAUGCGCCGGGAUUCCGCAAAACAAUGGUAUAUACGAGCGAGAAACGAAUGGACAACUAGAAAAGGCGAUGUCCCUAUUUUCCCCCAUCUAGUCCUAUGGGUCCAGCAGAACUGUGUCGGCCAUGAUGGGUUCCUCCAAUACUCCGAAAUUGCGAGUCUCCUUACUUCGAUGCACGCCCGCGCCUUUCAACGAGACAUCCCAGCGGACGAUUUGCACCCCGAAGACUGCGACGAUACGGAUGGGCUCCAGAAAUUCGAACACAAUCCCGAACGCCUGCAAAAGUACCCCUUCGCGUUCAAGGAGGAGUGCUGUUUCCCAAUAUUAAUGGUCUCAUUCCUUGGAACCGACGCUCGUUUGUUGUUUGCCUACAUGGACGCUGACACGUUGGUCAUUCGCCAAUCCAAAUUAUACAGCUUCGAACAACCGGAAACUGCGCCAUGGAAUCUCUUUGCCCGUUGGCUUGUGGGCACCCCAGUGGAGGGUGGAGUCUAA